CGUGAAUAUAGUUAGCAAUUAAUCUAUUCUGUGAUACUAUCGCAAUGAUAUUAAACAUAAAAGUAAUUCAUUUUGUGCUACUUUUAGUGGUCAUCGGGUGUGUGAGUGGCAAUCAUAAGCCAUCGCCGCACAAGUUUGACUGUCCACCUAAAAAGGUGCCAGGUGGUAUGAAAGAGGUGAUGACAUGCGCUGCCAAAUUUAAGUUUAUGUUGGACCAGGUCUGCAAACCCAAAUACGGACUCCCAAAUGAUUUAGUUAUGAAUUUAGCAAAACAUGUCUUCUUUCACGCCAUCAAAUGUAUUGAUGAGGACUACGAGCAUUUCCUGAUUGACGGUGCAAUUGACUGUUUUGUUGGCGACGGAUCACCCGGAGCUGAAAUGAUGUGUAAUAUCAAGACGUCUAUGUGUAACGCGGCUUUGCAGACAAAAGUGGUUGGAUGUGCUAUGAAGGAGGCAAAGAUGCAUACCAUAGAUAUGGCUAAACUCAUGUCUAUGAUCGGGCACAUCGGCAAACUUUGCAAUAUAUUAGCCGUAAGUCCUAUCCAGAUGGUUGUCAUAGGGAAGCCCGAGCGGUAUGUCCUUUAA